AUGGCUUCUCCGAGAACCAGCGGUGAGAGUCUGGCACAAUUAUCCGACGACACCAGCGAUUCGACAGCAGCAAGCACACCAUUGACAGAACCAUUGGACAUGGACGAAGUCACGGACAAGCUGGAGAGUCUACCACCGCCGAGUAUGCAAGAGAAGCGCAAGCGAAGAGCCAGCGCGAGCACGACCUUGACCAACACCGAGGACAUCAGGAAGCUUCUCGGUGAUGGCAAGGGCACGGUCUCGCUCCAGACAUACUGCUGUGGCGAUGGCUGCUGUAUGCUCGAGGCACUACCUGCACCUGCCGGUCAACCUCAGCACGUCUUUAUAACUCCGCCAGAUAACCAAGCAUAUCGCUUUAUGGAUCUCAACCUUGGCUCGCUCACACAGACGACUGAGCUGACGAAGCUGCCCGAGGUGCCAGAGUCGAAGGUCGCUUUCGGUGCUCUACGAAAACAGUCCAUAUCCGAGAAGUUUCCGGAAGAGGCCAACCACGACCACACACGAGAAGAUGUCGACGUCGUACCGCCAGUGUACAUGAAACCGCAUCCACCAUAUAGCAUUCACAGUGCACCGAUUUAUGGCGCUAGAGAACUCACGAAGCCUGGCGCGGAGAAGCGGACAUUCCACUUCGACCUUGAUGUGACAGACUAUCCCGAGGAAGGCGGUGUGGAUUUCAAGGUUGGAGGCGCUGUUGGGAUAUGUCCUCCGAAUGACCCAUACGUGGUGGAGGAUAUUCUGGAUCAGCUUGGCGUACCACGUUUCCAAAGAGAUAAGCCCAUGCGACUGGUAACACAAGGCGGACGAUGGCCUACUAUUUGGGGUGAUGACGAAUCGCGAACACUGGUAACGACGAGACGAGAGGUCCUUACGUGGACGCUAGAUAUCUCAUCAACGCCACCUACCAAGCCACUCUUCCGACUACUGGCCGAGUAUGCCGAUGCGCCGAACGAAAAGCAGAUUCUCCUCUUUCUCUGCAGUGCACAAGGACAAGCGGCGUUCUGUGAGGUCCGCACAGGACCACAUCUCACGCUCCAGCAGUUACUACACGCCUUCCCAUCAUCGAAGCCGCCACUUGAGAAGCUAUGCGCGGUCACGAAUCAGCUGAUGCCACGCUUCUACUCACUAUCGAACGACCCUCAUGUGUCGUCUGAACGAGAAGGACUGGCCGGCAGACGACUGAUCGAGAUGGCUGUUACCAUCCACGAAACGCCAGCCUACACCGGCACAGCCCGAACAGGCGUUGGCUCCGGCUUCCUUGAACGUCUAGCACAGAAACUCAUCAACGCAGAGUCAAAAGCAGAGAACAAUCUAGCGGCGGGGGAAGCUGGCCGCCGCCUCAACCUUCAACUGCCCAUGUUUCGAGGCCUGAUGUCCAAUCCACUCUCCCGCCAAUUCAACAGCGACGGUCCUAUGGUUCUGAUCGGCGCGGGCGUCGGUAUGGCGCCCUUCCGAGGCUUCAUCCUCAACCGUCUCAAGAAUGCGAAUUGUGCGAACAAGAUCUGGCUGAUUCAAGGUAUUCGGGACAGUAUGCUAGAUGAGAUCUACCGUGGCGAGCUCGGAGCGCACGAGAGCUCGAUCAAGAAGGUUGUACAAUCUCGCGCCAAACCACCACCGGCAUCCGAGGACUCCGAGGGCGUCGAUGCAAACGGCGAUGACGAACGACGACCUGCUAAAGUCAGCGAUGCCAGGACCGAGCAGAAAGUAGCCAAGUACGUCCAAGAUGAGGUUCGACUCCAAGCCGACAUCGUCUGGUUCGUCGUCAAUUCCGUCGACGGCCGAAUCUUCGUCUGCGGUUCUACGCAAGGGAUGGGCGAAGGUGUGGAGAGUGCACUGAUCGACGUUGCUAUGGAUAAGGGAGGGAUGAGUCUGGAGACGGCAACGGAAUUCUGGCAGGCGAAGAAGGAGGCUGGGCAGUAUAUCGCUGAGACUUGGUGA